GAGUCAGUUUGCUCCAGGGAGGCAUUUCUGGAGUUUGUUUUCAGCUUGACGGGGUGCGCCUGCGAUUAGCUUCCGACAGGAAAUUUUGUCCUAAGUUCCUGAAUGCAGCAUGUAACACAUGCCUGUAACGUCGACUUCCAGCCUUUUGGAGCGAUUCGUGGUCUGAGUGCAGUCCGGGGCACUCCCUGUGCCCAAAAAUACAAAAACACAAAGAAAACUUCAGAAGGAGACCUGUCCCAAGUCCAGACAUGCCGAACUCCACAUCCGGUGAUCCCGGUUUGACGGUUUCGGAUCCGCAGCACUCCCAGAAGCUCUUGAGAGUUCUUCGGACCUUCUGGCAGGAGCAGAGCUUCCACGAUGCGCUCCUUGUGGUGGAUGGAAAGGAGCUCCCUGUGCAGAAAAACAUCCUGGCUGCAGCCAGCCCUUACAUCAGGACCAAACUGAACUACAAUCCUCCUAAAGAAGAUGGGUCAACCUACAGAAUUGAACUGCAGGGAGUCCCCAUGGCCAUCAUGAAACAGAUCCUGGACUACAUCUUCAGUGGGGAGAUCAGCCUGAGCGAGGAGACCGUCCAGGACAUGGUGCAGGCGUCCGACCUGCUGCUCAUGACCGACCUGAAGCUGCUCUGCUGCCAGUUCCUGGAGAGCUGCAUCACGGCGGAGAACUGCAUCGGCAUCCGCCUCUUCUCGCUGCAUUACUGCCUGCAGCACGUCCACUACGUCGCCACGGACUUCCUGCAGACGCAUUUCCGCGACGUGGCGCUCACCGAGGAGUUCAGGGAGCUUCCCCACAGCCGGCUGUGCGAGCUGCUGAACAUGGAGAAGCUCAACGUGGGCAACGAGAAGCACGUGCUGGAGGCCGCUGUGCGAUGGUUCGCCCAUGACCCGGACGACCGCAGGGUCCAUAUGAAGGAAGUGAUGUCGGCCGUGUGGAUGCAGGGCUUGGACCAGAGCUACCUGAGAGAACAGUCCAUGGCAGAGCCGCUGAUGAGGGAGGUGGUCAGGGAGUUCUGCCAGAAGGUUCUGACGGAGGAUCCGCCGCAGGGCGAGGCGAUGCUGACCGCCUUCAAACCCCGAGGUUACUCUGAAUGCAUCGUCCUUGUAGGAGGAGAAGAUCGAAGAACCAGGAAUCCGACCGCCAUGACGCGCUGCAUGUGCCCGCUGUACGACGCCAACAGGCAGAAGUGGAUUGAGCUGCAGCCGAUGAGCGUGGCCCGUCUGGGCCACGGCGUGGUCGCCGCCGAGGGCUUCCUGUUUGUGAUGGGGGGAACAGAUGAAAACGGCACGAUCCUGGACACUGGAGAGAAAUACGACCCGGAUUCCAACUCCUGGAGCCCCAUCCCCCCGAUGCUGCAGCCUCGUCAGAACUUCGGCGUGGUGGAGGUGGACGGGCUGAUCUACGUGCUGGGAGGAGAAACCGAAGACCUGGCGCUGACCGCGGUGGAGGUUUUCGACCCGCAUUUCAGCACCUGGAAGAUGCAGACGAGCAUGACGAUGAUGCGGAAGGUGGGAUGCUAUGCCUCGAUGAAUAAGAAGAUCUACGCCAUUGGCGGCGGCUCCUACGGGAAACUCUUUGACUCUGUGGAAAGCUUUGACCCAAAAACCCAGCAGUGGACGGGCCUGUGUCCUCUGAAGGAGAGACGGUUCGGUUCGGUGGCCUGCGGCGUCGGUCAGGAGCUCUACGUGUUCGGAGGAGUCAGAAGCCAAGAGAGCGAAAAUCCUGAACAAAGACAGAUGAUGACCUGCAAGUCCGAGUUCUACCACGACGAGAUGAGAAGGUGGAUGUUCCUUGACGACCAGAACCUGUGCAUCCCGGCCAGCUCCUCCUUCGUCUACGGGGCGGUUCCGAUCGGGGCCAGCAUCUACGUGGUGGGAGACCUGGACACGGGGACGAGCUUCGACUACAUCCGGGAGUUUCGGCGCAGCACCGGGACGUGGUUCCGCACCAAGCCCAUGUUACCCAGCGACCUCUCCAAAACGGCCUGCGCCGCCCUACGCAUCGCCAACUGUCGCCUGUUCCGCCUACAGCUGACCCAGGGCAUGUUCCCCAUCAGGUUGUGAUUCCUGGCACCCCACGGCUCACUGCUGCCCCCUAGGCCCUGAUCAGGGUUACGGCGUCACAGAAAACUAUGCGUUGGGGAUCGUGGAUCUUUACCAUUUGACUUGACGAGACUAAAACUCAUCAAAACAAGUUUUUCAUGGUGAAGGUUUUCCCUUUUUUUUUUUUUUUUUUUUUUAGGAUUUUUAAAUAUUUUCUAUUUAACUUGGGACUUUAUCUUUCUGUUCUUUUACAGAUCAUUCCUCAUUGUUUUAUAUUUACUGAUGGGUCGGGGAGAGAUUGAACACUAAUAUCUAAAAAAUUAUGAUGCUCACUUGAUUUAGAGGAGAUUUUUAAGGAACUUUCACCUGCAGCAGAGGUAAUCUUUUAGUAUUUAAGUGAUAUUCCGAAAAUGAUCCACAUAUUAGAUGGUAAACAUUUUAAACUAAAUGUUAACAUUUAUUUAAUUUGUUCUAGCUGAGGCUUGUUAAACUGGGAUGGAGAUUUAUAGGUUGUGGUGCUUUUAUUUUUAUGCAAAAUCUUUUAAAGUGACGCUUUUAAUGCAGCUUCACUCCAAAAAUCCAGAGAAUCAGAAAGUCACUGGUUGCUAUGGCGAUUUCCCAGAGAGCAAUGGAGGCCAAAUUUAACCCUCAAACAAAAGGCCACUGUAUAAAAACUAUGUGGUGUCAAAAUCAAUCAUGGUCCAUGAAUGUCAGAACCUUCUGGUGGAUAAACUUGUACAUUUUUAUACAUCUACAAGGUUUUAAAAAGAAGACAUGGAAAAUUAAAAAAGAGCAUAAAGACUAUGGUUUUAUGUGGCUCAAUGCGAGUGCUGUGUGUUCUGGAGGAAUUUGACAGAAAAUUGUAAUUCCUACAACAGUGAGAGACACACAGGAUGAAAGUAGAAAGAAAUAUCUAUGUUUCAAUUCAUAAACUGUAAAUGUGGAGACAAAGCUGUAGAUGUAAAAGCGGUUUGAAUAAAAAAAACUUCUGAGUAUUUUCCAGGGUAGGAAUUCAGCCAAGCCUGAUUUUAAAUAACGUAUCAUUUUAUUUAUUGAAUAUGAAGCUUUUUUGAUUUCAAAUCUAUAUUCUUUCUUACUUGAGUUGCUGAUUUAGGACAGUUUUAUGAUUUGAACCCAGCUUUAUUCUGUCAGGAUUACAUCAUUUUCUGGAGAGAAAAGGUACCUGCCUCAAAGAUAUCUGGAGAUGUGAGGCACAUUUGAAAGAUAUUGAUGGAUUCCCCAAAUGUCUUGAUAAUAAAUUUGUUUACCAGGAAGCCGAUGUUUAUUCAAAGCUUUUAAAUGUAGAUAUUUUUUUUAUUUGUGAAAGUGUUGGUGCUUCCUGCUGAUAAAAUGACGCUGUGUUUCCAGAUGAUACAUCCGGACAAUUAUGUGUACACCUGAUUAUUGUGCAAACACACCAUUUGUAGCGUCGUCACUGUUGAUCAUUCAUAGUCGCUGAGUCGUGAACAUGUUUGAUCAAUUUAACCUGCUGGAUUUUCUGGAGGCUCCCAGAACUUGUUCCUCCAGAGGAAAUCAGUUCCCUGAGGCGGAGAGCCUCGCAGACGUCUGCUUUAUGAGAAUGAAUCGGAGCAGAUCGACAUUGUUCCACAGUGCCAGAUGUUUCGAAUAUUUGACUGAGAAGGAAAUCUUGUUUUUAAUCUUUUGAACAACAUUCAGUCAAGGAAAAAUAAAGUUCAAUUAAAGAA